CCUUGUUUUAGUUUGAAGUGCUUAAUCUAAUCUCUCCUCUUCUCUGCAGCCUGUGAGCGUCUUCUUCUCUCCAUCAUGCCUCCGAAGAGUAAAAGUAAGAAGGUGUUGAAGGGGAAAUCCUCUGCGGUGGUGGACGGUCUGUCUACUGAUGAGAUGUCCAAAGAUCAGCUGGAGGAACACAUCGUGCGGCUCAGAGAGGAGCUGGAUCGGGAGCGAGAGGAGAGGAGCUACUUCCAGCUGGAGCGAGACAAAGUUCAGGCCUUCUGGGAAAUCAGCAAGAGGAACCUGGAGGAGACGCAGGCGGAGCUGAGGAGCAAACGCAGGGAGCGAGAGGAGGCGGAGGAGCGCCACCGAGUGGAGAUCACUGUGUACAAGCAGAAGCUGAAGCAUGUCCUGUCUGAGCAGCACGAAGCCGUCUCUGAGCUGAAGAUAGACGGCGUUUCCUCCACCGCGCUGAUCCAGAACCAGCACGCCGAGUCUGAGCUCAGGCUGAGGAGAGACGCUCACGCACUGCAGGCCGACGUCCGAGAGAGAGAACUGCACAACCAGGACUGCAUCAAGGAGCUCAAACUGAAACACCAGGUGGAGCUGAUGGAGCUAACCAACGACUACGACAAGAGAGUCAGAGAAAUCGAGGAGAGAUAUCACAGGAAGAUGCAGUCGAUGACGGAGGCGGAGAACAAGAAGAGACGAGCUGAAGUGAUGGAGAUCGAGGAGCAGAUGAGAGAACGCGUCGUGACUCUGACGGCGGAUCACGACAGGACGUACCGCAGCGCUGAGGAAUAUUACUCUGGUGUUCAGAGCAGACUGCUGGCUGAGCAGAAGGAGCUGAAGGAGGAACUGGCCGAGCUGAAGAAGCAGCAGGCGCGGGCGGACAGCGAUCUGUUAGCGGCUCUGCAGGAGAACAAAAGUCUGCGUGAGUCUCUGCUGGAAGCCGAGCAGCAGCUUCCCAAACUCCACAAACAGCUGGAGGACCACGAGGAGGCCAAAGCCGAGAGAGCCGUGAGUCGAGCUCGUGUGAAGAAGAUGGAGACGGAGCUGAGAGAUCUGGGCGUGCAACACGAGCUGCUGCUGAAGGCUUUCAUGAAGGUUGAGGGCGAGCGUGACGAGCUGCUGCAGAAACAGACGCAGCUCAUCCUGGACGUCCAGCAGAAGAGCGGCAUGAAGGAGCUGCUGCUGGAGAAGAAGCUGUCGGCUCUGAGCGAGACUCUGGAGACGACGGACGCUCAGCUCUGCGGCGCCGUGUCUGCAGCCGGCGCCGACUACAGACACGGCGCCGGCUGCAGACACGCCGCCGACCAGGCGGCUGCAGACGCUGCCGUUAAAAAACUGCAGGAAAUGCGGGAGGCUAAACAAGCCGCCAUCAACAAGGCACGGUACGACGCGGACCGAGACUUUUCGGGUUACAGCAAGCUGCUGCUCUCCUGCCAGGAGAGCAUGAAGAAUCUGCGCUUCCCGCUCUACGAACCUCCGCUCAGACACGGAAGACCGAGAAAGAAACCUGCAGGACCCUGA